AUGGCCAACCCAUCCAAAUCCUCUGACUCUGAGCAUGCCCGUCUCCAGAAUGACUUUGGAGCUGAUUACUGGGUUCGCAAUAAGCAAGAACAUCGGCAUGCUACUGCAGGACGCGGUCUCUUCGCCGGGCUUCAAGAUGUGAAGCAAUAUAAUGUGGACUCUGGCUGGGCGCGCCGAAAGUCUGGAGACGCGCAGACCGGAUUCUUUGGGUCGAUUUUCAGUCGGUUCAUUGGUGGAUCCUACCAUCCGCCCUCUUCUUGA